AUGUCAAUUAAAACAUGGUCAUCAUUUAUUGAAGCUGUUAUAGAAGCUUUUGGAUCAACAAAAGUACAAGAAUUAGCAUUCGAACAAUUAAAAUGGUACAAACAAACAGUUAAUCAACCUGUUACGCAAUAUUAUGAUAAAAUUAUAGAACUGUGCAAAAAAGUUGAUCCAGCUAUGCCUGAUUUAUUGAAAUUAAAAUAUUUAAUGACUGGAAUAAGAGAAUCAUUAAAAUUACAUAUUGCUUUACAGGAUCCAAAGACAACUGAUGCAUUUUUAUUGCUCGCCAGAAAAAUUGAAGAUACAUUAUCAUUUACUGCUACAAAUAAUGAAAUGCAACAAAAUGAAAUUAACAUCAAUGCUACCACUGCUCAAAAAUCAUUAGAACAAACAACUAUUUCACAAAAAUCACGAAAAAAUAUUCGACAAAAUAUACCUUCACAAGAGCAGUCACAAUCACGUCCAAACUAUCAACGUACUACGCAAACUUCGUAUAAAAAAACUCAACAUUAUGAAUCUUCAAGAUAUUCACAAUAUGCACAACGAUCCAAUUGUUGUUACAAAUGUGGUACUCCCGGUCAUUAUGCUCGGGAUUGUACCCGUACCCAUUUCGGUUUACAUAAAAAUCCAUCGAAUCCAAAUACAUCUUUACUAUACCUUAAUGUUAUUGUAAAUAAUAAAAAAAUUAAGGUGAUGAUUGAUACAGGUGCAAAUCGAUCUUUUAUUUCAAUUAAAGCAUUAGAUCCAUCCUAUGGUAAGCAAUUUAUUAAUAAAUCACAUAAUCGUGUAAUUUUAGCUGAUGGUUAUACAUCUCUUUUUAUUCUUGGUACCAUUAAUUUAUUCAUUACAGUGGGUGAUAUGUUAACUUCUAUUAAAGCAUUAAGUGUUAAAGAAUUAUGUGCUGAUUGUAUUUUAGGCAUGGAUUUCAUUCAUAAAUAUAAAUUAAUUAUUAAUACGGAAGAACAAAUAGUUUCAAUUAGUGAUAAUUAUAAACGUAUAACAUUAAAAUUUGAUGUUAAUAGAAAUGAUAUAAGAUAUCCUGCACGUUUAAUUAAUAAUGUCCGGAUUCCACCAAAACAAACAGUAACAGUUCCUGUAUCUGUAGAAUUAUCAUUAGCUAAAGUAUUAUUUCGUCCCUGCUUUAAAUUACAACAACGAUUACCUAUGUUUAUGUUAAAUGCUUCAUUAACUAUUCACCAUCAUACUUCGUUCUAUUUCACUUCAUAA